AUGGCUAAGAUAAUCCGCACGUUUUAUUUUGCUAAGCGGAUGUACUCUGGAGUGCCGAGUAAAGUAAAAGCUCAAAAAUAUGUCUUGACAAAGUACUUUCAAGGGGAACCCAAGAAAACUGAUUUCAAAAUAGUUGAAGAGAAAAUUCCAGAAUUAAAGGAUGGAGAAGUACUGGCUGAAGCUGAAUAUCUUAGCGUCGAUCCUUAUAUGCGAGCUUAUAUGAUUGGAUAUAAACUACCCGCAGACAUGAUAGGGGAACAAGUUGCGAAAAUCAUAGCUAGUCGUAACGAUAAAUAUUCUGUUGGUAGCUAUGUUACUGGAUCUUUUGGGUGGAGAACGCACACUAUUUUUAACCCUGAUGUACUGUCAAAUCAGCCGGGAUUAUUGCCAGUUACACUUUUACCUGAUAUCAAUCCGCAUCCGGUAUCUUUGGGUCUAGGAGUUUUGGGUAUGCCCGGUAAUACAGCUUACUUUGGCUUAAAGGAAAUAUUACAACUGAAUCCAAAAGAUACCCUUGUUAUAACUGGUGCAGCAGGCGCAGUUGGGUCUCAUGUUGGUCAAAUUGGUAAAAUACUUGGUUGCCGCGUAGUAGGGUUUGCCGGUAGUGACGAAAAAUGUCAGUAUUUAGAAAAAGAAUUGGGAUUUGAUCAUGCCUUUAAUUACAAAACUGUUGACAUCAAAACAGCUUUACGAGAAGGAUGUCCUGACAAGAUUGACUGCUACUUUGACAAUGUAGGAGGUGAAAUAAGUUCGCAAAUAAUGAGCCAAAUGAACAAAUAUGGUAGAGUUGCAGUUUGUGGGUCAAUUUCUUCCUAUAAUGAUAGCAAACCUCCCAAAGUUUCAUUAGUUCAACCUGCUAUUGUAUUUAAGGAGCUGAAAGUUGAAGGAUUUCUGGUGUAUCGUUGGGUAGACCGCUGGAAUGAAGGCAUUAAUGUAAACCUUAACUGGUUACGUGAAGGAAAAUUGAAAUAUCAAGAAAAAGUUUAUCAUGGAUUUGAAAAUAUGGUGGAUGCCCUUGUGGUAAACGUUGAUACGUUUGUUACACCGAUUGGCAAAGCUAUUGCAGUGGCCGAUGAUGACUACUUGUACAUACUUUCUUUCGAAGACUCUAAAAAUCUAGAGAAGAAGUUCGAAACUCUCUCAACUCAGCUGGAAUGUAAAUUUGUAGAAAGCAACAAUAAAUUAAUAGAAAAGAUUAAAGAAGAGUUCUCGCAGUACUUAAAAGGCAGCCUCAAGAAAUUCACUGUGCCUGUCAAAUUCUUUGGUACAGAUUUUCAAAAUGCUGUAUGGAAUAAACUUUUGGAGUUACCUUAUGGGUCAACUCAAACCUAUGCAGAUUUAGCAGUAGCUCUGGGACGGGCUAAAAGUCAUUCACGAGCUGUAGGUGGAGCUUGUGGUGCCAAUCCAUUGUUAGUAGUAGUACCAUGUCAUAGACUCGUUGGAGUUGCUUCUAAAGGAGGAUACAACAGUGGUGAAGAUCGUAAGGACAAAUUACUAAAACUUGAAAAUACAAGUUCAAGUUAG